AUGAUCGGCAUUCACCGAAAACGUCUAGCAUGUGUAGAAUGCACACGACGCAAAGUGAAGUGUGACAAGAUUCUUCCAUGCCGCAACUGUACCAAGAAAGGAACAGCUUGUACUCGGCCGCGCGAGCGGAGUUCUCCGAGUCCAAGUCAAUCCGAGCGCAUUGAGCGACCUAUCCAGCCCCGGCCGAGCACAGAUGCUUCAGUGGAUGCUAUAGCGACUAUUGAAAGACUUCAGUCCAAGGUCAAUGAGUUGGAGGCCGCUCUAAAGGAAUCCACCUCCCGCAUGUCUAGACCCGAUCCCUCGGUCAACAGUUCAUUUUCUCCCAUACCGGUAGAGUCAGAGCCAUCACCAUUUUCUCGCAAUUCUACACAUAUUGGAUCGGAGAAUACGCCCCGAGAAGUGGAGGAUGCUGCGACGAUACUCGAGUUCCUCGCGUGGGGUCGUCGCAAGGAUCCUACCUAUCAAGAUGAGAUCGCAAGACAGAAUAACAUCGAGCACUCGCCUGGUGAUGUAGCCGCUGAAGACGAAUUGGAAAAUGUUGGCGUAUCAGGACUGUCAGCGCCGGCCCUCUGUCUGUCUUUACUUCCGGAUAAAGCAAAAGUUUACCAACUUGUUCGGUAUCACUGCGACUGCCUACUCUGGCGUCACGGAUCGUUUCAUACAAAAACAUUCCUAGCGCAGCUAGAUCGAUUCUACGAGAAAGACGAGGGGCAGAUUCGGGGAUCAGGAAUUCACUUACAAUGGAUAGCACUUCUUUUCGCAAUCCUCACGGGUUCAAUGGCCUGCGCGCCGAGGCCAAUUUCCCAAUCCUGGGGCUUCCGCGACCGGGAAAAAGACACUUUAUCUAAACGCUGGCUUAAAGCUACAAUCGCAUGUCUUCAUGAAGCAGAUUAUAUGGCCUUUCAUUCCAUUUAUUCCGUUGAGGCGAUUGCGACUCUUACCAUGUCUGCUCAUAUGUUGGGUCACUCGAAUGAAUUCUCAGUGCUACUAGCCUCCGCCGUGCGAAUUGCACAAGGGCUGGGCUUACAUCAACUGGAUGAAGCAAGUGAUUCUUCACCUUCUGGACUUGUUGAUCGGGAGAUCGGCCGACGGGUCUGGUGUCAGCUCUGCAUCCAAGACUGGUUUUCGAUUCCAUUUACAGAAAGCUAUUUGGUUCAUAAGUUGGGGUUUAGUACGAUAAAACCACGAAACUGUGAUGAGGAAAUGAAUUUCCUGGAUGAUGAUCAGCCGUCUGUGACGAGCUACUCGCGGAUCUUCUAUGAUAUCGCGGCUUUGAUGCCAGAUCUGCAGGAUGAUUUCAUCUCCUGCAACACUCUUUACACGCGAUACGAGGAGGUCUUGAAAUAUGAUCGCCGUCUGCGCACGCUAGCCACGCAGCAUCUUCCUCGCUACCUGCAAAAUGUUCCGUUAGAUGCUGGUUGGCCAUGCUAUGUUCCCUGGGCACGAACAAGCUUAGCUAUCAGCUCCGCUCACAAGGCUAUCAUGAUUCACAGAAAAUUCUUGAGUCUGAGCUUUUCAAAUCCCAUGUUCGAAUUCACGCGGAAGACAUGUGUAGCUGCAUCGCGAACGAUAAUUAAAGAGCAAAAAGAAGCGACUCGGAGUGGGGGGCCCAUACUCUGGAUACACCAGGCAUUCAGUGUCACGGCCAGUGUGAGCAAUGCAUCCGAAAAAGCUACCCCUGUUGACUAA